GUUUUUUGUGGAAAUUAUCAGGAGAGCUCUUUGUGUUCGCCGGAAGUUGUUGUGAUGAUGAUGACGUGCCGAGCUUUAUGUUGACUUUUCACCACGCACCGAUCGAUCUCGCAAAAGUUCAUCGGCAUUCAAUCCAUGGAAAAUUUGCACGAGUUAUUCGGCGACUCGGAAAUCCGCUCGAAGCCUCGGACCAAAAACAAAGUCCUUUUCCCGCGCAACAACAACAAUGCAACCAACUGCUGCAAUAAUAAGAAAAGUGCGAGACGUCGGUUGUCCAAGGAGACAAUCAGCAAUAAUACAGACAAUCAGCAGCAAAGACCAUCAGCAGUUGUGUCCGAGAGUGUGGAAACAUGUGAGGACGACAGGAUUGAUUGGGCACCGCUGGAAUCUCUUCCGCCGGAACCGGAAGUCGGCAAUGUGGAGUACAAACUCAAGCUUUUGAAUCCCACUCGUGUCCGGUUUGAGCAUCUCGUUACUCAGAUGAAAUGGCGCCUGCGAGAGGGCCAAGGAGAAGCAAUUUACGAGAUCGGAGUAGAGGACAAUGGGACAUUAUCGGGUCUUGGGGAGCAUGAACUGGAGACCAGCUUGGACACCUUGUCCCUGAUGGCGUCCCGUUUAGGCGCCACUGUGAAGGUGUUGAGGCAACGAAAUUCCACCUGCCGGACGACUGGCGAACUUCGGUUCUCAGCAGAAGUGCUCGUCAGAAAGGUA